AUGGACGAGGUGCUCGAUGAAGAGGUCGGCGUACCGUACUUAACUCCCGGACAGGUCCCUUUGCAAGCAGCAGCAGUCUUACCUUUUUUAACACCACCGGCUGGGGCGCCGACCUUCCCUCGUUUGUACGCGGCAUCACUGGGGGAGGAAUACAUCGAUACAGCGGAAUGCGUUGAAUAUGCAUCGUCCAAUGACGCUGGAUUUAUGGUGAAAUCUUGUUUUGUUCUUGUGGGUUACGGAGGUGUUUUAUGCGGAUGUUUGGCAGACAGUCUUGAGCCCAAUGAACCCACUGCGCAGCGCAACUUCACUGAACUACUUGAGGCCAAGAUAAAUGAAACAAGAAACACGGAUUAUUCUUUAGAUACCAUAACCUUUAUUCCAUUCUUUCCCGAUGAUACGCUGGAUCCUGCCUUGGGGUCUUUGUUGGGAAUCUUCAGUGUGGUAGAAGAUCCAACGUGGUGUCUUUUUGUUAGUCAUGCAAAAAGAGAAGAAAAUGGAAGUGAUUGUAUUUUACAUGUCAAGAUAUUGCGCAUUCCCAUUGUUGAAGAAGCAGAUCGACUACACAGGGCUUUGAAUUCCUUGGUUCUCCAUCAUUGUGGUGGGCCAAAUGAAAAUAGCAUUUGUCGGUCUCUCAUGUCAGUGGAGGAACUUUUUGCCACUGCGCGCAAGUACUCAGAUUGUGUUGUUGCGGGGCCUGCAUGGGACAGACUAUUUUCUUUGCGUUUGACAAAUGAAGAAAUUUUUUGCAUUGCAAAAAAAAUGAUAUUGAGUCAGCCGACUUUUUUAAUGGACGUCAAUGGAACAAAAUUGGAGGAGAUUCCGCCUUUGGCAGUUGCCGUGAGGAUUGAAGCGUUCACGAAUGUACCGAAAUCGGAAGGUGAGUCGGGAGGAGUUGAAAAAGCCGUGGCAUUGGAGGAGAAAGGGACCGCGGCGCAACAACGUGAGGUGCUGCGGGAGUUGGCAUCCGUGCGGGCGCAGUACCGGGCCGUUCUUCGUGAGGGAAAUGAUCUGAUGGCUUGCAUCGAUGAGGAAGAGCACAGGUGGAAUAAGAUUGAGAUGCAUCGAGAAGAGGAGCAGCGCAAGCGGAAGGAACACCCGGCUGCGCCGCCAAGUGAGCACGAUGAACACAUCAGGAAGAAUGUAUGCGCAUUAGAGACUCUGCAGCAGAAGAGGGAGAAGGAGGAGGGGGAGGAGGAAUCGGCACAGGCGACCGCGCGGGCGUUUGUGGCAGAGAAGAAAAGGAAGAAGACGGGAAAGGGCAGUCGUGGCGGUGGUGGCAGUGACAAGAAGUUUGCGUCUACCAGCAAUUUUACCAGCAAGGAGGCUGAAAUACGGAACGUAAGAGCUCACAACACGGCCCUUCGCAGACUUCUUGAGAAAUUAGCCCACGAGCUGAAGGAGGAGGAACAGACAAUGGAGAAUUUGUCUAUUGACCUCCGUGGAUUUAUGAGCGACAUCAACAAACUAGAAAAGGCAAAACUCCUCCUCACAGUUGAGCACAGUAUGCUCAUGAAUACCACCGCCCGUCUGCAGCAGUCCUUACGGGAUCAGAAGGAAAAGCUGCGCCAGGAGCAGGAGGCCGCCGCCGCAGAGCAGAGGGAAAUUUCAAGGCGUCUUCUGGUACAAAAGGAGCGUACGAAAAAAUCACUGCAUGUGAAGAACGGCACCACGGAACUUCUUCAUCGACUAAAAACAAACCUGAGCAAAUAG